UGCCAAAAUAAUAGUCACAAAAAACAAAAAAUAAGCAUCAAAGAUCGAGGCACAAUUUUACUACGCCAAGCAAGCUAGCGAGCUUUCAGGGGUAUUCGUCACUCCAUCUUCGAGUUUCGUCAAUGCCUUUCUUCCUACUCCCUCAAUAAACUACUACCAACUCAUCUCAUCUCAUCUCCAUCUCGUCAACUCAUCUCUGAAAAAAAUGGGAACAGAGAACCACAGAUCGUCCGUUGAAAUAUCGGAACCCUUGCUUCACGAAUCAAAUCAGGAGAAACCCAUCGAAUUGGAUCUAGAAACGAUUCCGGAAUGGAAAGAUCAGAUCACGUUAAGGGGUUUAGUUGUGAGUGCUUUACUGGGAACACUUUUUUGUAUCAUCACCCACAAGCUCAAUCUCACCGUCGGGAUCAUCCCUUCGUUAAACGUCGCCGCCGGUUUGCUGGGGUUUUUCUUUGUCAAAUCAUGGACUACUUUCCUCGAUAAGUUGGGGUUUUUUGUCAAGCCGUUCACGAAGCAGGAGAACACUGUUAUUCAGACUUGCGUUGUUGCUUGCUAUGGCCUUGCUUUCAGCGGUGGAUUUGGGUCAUAUCUACUUUCAAUGGAUGAAAGAACAUACAAUUUGAUUGGUGCUGAUUACCCUGGAAAUCGGGCUGAAGAUGUUAAGAACCCGGGAUUAUUAUGGAUGAUGGGUUUCAUUUUUGUUGUCAGUUUUCUUGGCCUUUUCAGUCUUGUACCACUUCGCAAGGUGAUGGUAAUGGAUUAUAAACUUACAUACCCCAGUGGAACAGCCACAGCAAUGUUGAUAAAUAGUUUUCACACUACCACGGGGGCAGAGCUUGCAGGGAAACAGGUAAACUCUCUUGGCAAGUAUUUGAGCAUAAGUUUUGUGUGGAGUUUCUUUAAGUGGUUCUUCAGUGGUGUUGGGGAUUCAUGUGGUUUUGAUAAUUUUCCUAGUUUUGGCUUGCUGCUCUAUAAGAACACAUUUUACUUUGACUUUAGUCCAACUUAUGUUGGAUGUGGACUUAUUUGCCCUCACAUAGUCAACUGUUCGGUGCUUUUUGGAGCUAUUGUCUCAUGGGGAUUUCUUUGGCCGUACAUUACUACACGUGCAGGCGAUUGGUAUCCAGCUGAUCUUGGCACCAAUGACUUCAAAGGUCUCUACGGUUACAAGGUAUUUAUAGCUAUUUCCUUGAUUCUUGGAGAUGGUCUUUACAAUCUAGUAAAGAUAGUUGCUAUUUCCGUUAAGGCAAUAUGGAACAACACCACCAAACCACAAGAUCUCCCUACAACAAAACAGCUCCUAGAUUCCGAAAAAACCAAAGCACAACUAGAGGAACAAAAAAGAGACGCCGUGUUCCUAAAAGACAGUAUCCCAACAUGGUUGGCAGCCUCAGGCUACGUAGCCCUAGUCGCAAUAUCCAUGGCCACAAUGCCUUUAAUCUUCCCACCUCUAAAAUGGUACCUCGUCCUCGCCUCAUACAUCAUCGCCCCCGCCCUCGCCUUCUGCAACUCAUACGGAACCGGUCUCACAGACUGGAGCCUCGCGUCCACGUACGGCAAAAUCGGCCUCUUCAUCAUCGCGUCAAUCGUCGGAUCCGACGGCGGCGUCAUCGCCGGAUUAGCGGCGUGCGGCGUCAUGAUGUCGAUCGUCGCCACCGCCGCCGACCUAAUGCAAGAUUUCAAAACCGGUUACCUAACUUUAUCAUCGGCCAAAUCGAUGUUCGUGAGUCAGUUGGUUGGCACUGCAAUGGGGUGUGUGAUCGCGCCGUUGACUUUUUGGAUGUUUUGGAGCGCAUUUGAGAUCGGGACACCCGAUAGUCCGUAUAAAGCGCCGUACGCGGUUAUAUAUCGAGAAAUGGCGAUUCUUGGAGUGGAAGGGUUUUCGGAGCUUCCGAAACAUUGUUUGGCGUUGUGUUGUGGGUUUUUUGUGGCGGCGUUGGUUUUGAAUUUGGUUAGGGAUUGGAGUCCGGCGAAGGUGGCGCAGUUUGUUCCGAUUCCGAUGGCGAUGGCGGUGCCGUUUUAUAUCGGUGCGUAUUUUGCGAUUGAUAUGUUUGUUGGGACGGUGAUUUUGUUUGUGUGGGAAAGAGUGAAUAAGAAGGAUGCGGAGGAUUAUGCGGGUGCGGUUGCUUCCGGUUUGAUUUGUGGGGACGGGAUUUGGACGAUUCCGUCCGCGAUUCUCUCGAUUUUGAGGAUUGAUCCGCCAAUUUGUAUGUACUUUGGACCUUCGGUGAGCUCUUGAGGGGAAUCGUGUAACUUAGAUUUGUAAAUAUAAUCUUGGUUUCGGUUUUCAUUCGGUAUUUGAUUAUUGAAACUAAUUGUGUGUAUUGUUUCAUGAUUUCAUUGUUGUGUUGGCGCAUUGACAAUUUAUUUAACUGGUU